CUCUCUCUAUAUCUUCCAAGAAACUCGAACCCUACAAGCAAUCACCAUUAGAGAUCACACUUCUCUCUCUCUCUUUCUCUCCUCUCUCUCUCUCUGUAGCAGACGGGCCGAAGCAUUUUCAAGAUCCAUCCAUGGACGAAUCCGAGACAUACCCAAAGGAGUACUACCCGCAGAACGCCCCGAGAACCCUCUCCUCCUCCUCCGCCGCCGUCGCCGCCACCACGAGCGUCCAGGUGACCGCCCUCGACGGCAUCGUCAACGUGAACUCCCUCUUCACCAUCGCCGUCUUCGUCGGCCUCUCCCUCACCACCCCGGACCAGCACAGCCUCGAGAACCCCGGCCCCUGCGACGCCGGCCUCGACGUCGUCAAGAAGCUCCUGGUCUUCGAGGUCGUCUCCUUCAGCUUCUUCCUCUUCUCCUCCCUCGUCGCCCAGGGCCUCAAGCUCGCCAUCAACCUCCUCAACAGCAAGGACGUGAACGAGGCCCUCAGGGCCCACAUCAACAUCAGGGUCCUCAGGUUCGGCAUGCUCGGCUCCGCCUUCGGGUCCGUCAUGGGCUGCCUCUUCCUGAUGCUGUCCAUGAUCAGCGUGAUCGAGAUUAGGCUCGGGGUGCUUUCCUGCGGGAGCAAGUCGGCGGUCCGUGCGGUGUCUGCGCUGGUCGUGCUCGUGUCGUCGGCUCUGGUGGCUUAUAUUUCCACCGCCGUGUAUGCCUUUCUGCAUUGAUGAGUGUGAACGAGCGUUCCGAAGCAAUUGAAAGUAAACUUUUUUAGUGUGUACUGUCUAUAAUGGGAAGCUGAAGCGAAUUUCUAGCUCUUUUGAGUUC